GCAGAAACGGGAAAGUCGCAGCAGAACAUUGGACGAGCGUUCUCCUUUUCUUUUCCUGCUGUUCAACUCAUCUGCAGCCACGAGAAUCGUCUCGAAUUCAUCGCCUUGCCCUUUGAAGCGAAUCUUUGUCGCCUUCAGACUGCGACAAAGUUCUGGAUCUUGCGAACAAUCUUUCCGCCCCUCCUACAUUGACCCUUAAGCCAUCGACAAGAACUCAAGAUGUCGAACGGUCCUCCUCCUCCUCCAAACCCUCCUCAAAGAGGAGCUCGCGCAAUUAGAGGACCACAAUCCGCGUUGACUGAUUUUCUGGCAUCUCACAAUAUCAGCGCCAACCAGAUUCGACAAGAUGCCAAUGCUCGACGAGCUGCUGCUCUAGCCUCGCAACAAAACGGAGAAGACGAGAGCAAUGCUCCAUCCCCAGUUGCGGAUCCCGAACCAGCCAAACCACGUCGAAAGGAGACGAAAGCACAAGAGGCCAAGAGAAAGAAGGAAGAAGAGAAAGCCAUAGCCAAGAUCAAAGCCUCGAAGCAGUUCCAGAAGCGCCGACGCCAAUAUGGUUCUGACGACGAUGUCACCGAUGAAGAUGAAGCCGCACGAACAUUAUUCCAAGAGAGCAUGGCUUCUCUGCCAGGUCAGAUGGAGAAUUGCGAGAUUUGCGAAAAGAGAUUCAGUGUCACAGCAUACAGUCGAGCAGGUCCAGACGGAGGCCUCUUAUGCCCCAAGUGCUCCAAAGAGCUCGACAAGGAAGAAGGCGCAGCUAAGAAGAAACGAAAGACACAGCAAGGGCGAGCUCGAAGACAACUUCAAAGUAAUCUCCUCGAUGGCAUAUAUCCUGGCGCAAAAGACCUGACGACACUAUGCAUCGAGACUCUUGCAAAGAACGUGGAUAUGGCAGACAGUUUCGGUGAUCUUCCAGCUCCGUUGAUUGACAAGCUCUCUGGGAUUCUUUGCAAGAGGCGACUUAUGGAUUCGACAAUUCUUGAUCUUUUCCUUCGACCUGGUGCUGAUAGCGUUACUGUCUACGAUGGUUCCAAGCUGUCCUCUGAUGACUACAUUCGAAUUUUCCAGAUUGUUCCCACAAUCAAGCAUCUUCGUCUGCGAAAUGCCGUACAGUUCAAAAACAAAGUUAUGGAUCACCUGCUAGGAACAACGGUCGAGCUUGAAUCACUCAGUCUCUUGGGUGCCAACCUGAUUGAUGAUGAAAGAUGGGAUCAAUUUUUGACCGAGAAAGGUUCACAUUUGAGGGAACUGAAAGUCUAUUGGACAGAUGGUCAUUUUGGCAACGAACAACUAGAACUUCUUCCAAAGACAUGCCCAGACCUUCGAAGACUUAAAGUGGUCCACAAUCAGAAGGUGACCGACGAAGGAAUCGCACAUAUCGCGGAUCUAGCCAACUUGAAAUACUUGACUCUUGAAAUUACCACGCCUCGAGUCAAUACCACUCCGAAACCAUACGUCCAGGUGAUCAAUAGCAUUGGCGCCGGUCUACGCACUCUUUCUCUCACGGAUAUCCCCUACGUUGAUGACAGUGUCCUCGGAGCUAUCCACGACAGUUGCAAGGAUCUCUCUAAGCUUCGACUAGUCGACAACGAAACCUUCACCGAUGAAGGAUUUGCCAAUCUCUUCACUGAGUGGCGCAACCCUCCACUGACUUUCCUCGAUCUCCACAAGUGUCGACAUAUCGAUGCUGCUGAGCCGCGCGAGAACCCGGACAGCAUUGGCCUUGGCUCACUUGGUUUCCAGGCAUUGAUGGCACAUUCUGGUGAAAGCCUUAAGCAUCUCAAUGUCCAUUCGUGUCGCCACAUCUCACUCGAAGCUUUCGAGUCUGUCUUCGCUGCGGACAAGACAUAUCCUGAGCUGCUGACCAUUGAUCUCAGCUUCUGUCAACAAGUCAAUGAUUUCGUUGCUGGAUCUAUCUUCCGAAGCUGCCCUAAAUUGAAGACUCUCAAGGUGUUUGGCAACUUUGGUGUCAGAGAUGUUAGAGUUCCAAAGGGAAAGAUCUUGAUCGGCGUUCCGAAUGCACUUGGUAUGCAAAUCGAGGGCACGGAAGACGGAGAGGGAAGAACUAUUUAAAUGAUGAAUGUGUAUUGAUGAAUCAUAUGGGCUGGGUGGCGGGUUGCUUGGCGUUGGCCCUUCUGAAUGGAUCGUCGGUGUUCGGAUGCCUUGCGAUCUCUAGCACACGAUGGGGUUACGAGGACGAAUAUUGCUUCGCAUUCUUAGAUGCACUAGCUCAAGCCCGAAAUAAAGCAUGAUCUUUAAGCUUUACGACACUUACCUACCCAUUUCACGUGCUAUACCGUUCAUGCCUCUUCCCUCUCGAAUGGAUAGCUUUUG